AUGGUCCAAGGCAACCAACCAUCCUCGACUGUCAUUUCGGACUUUGAGUUCAACGCAGCCCUGCGCCGCGAGCUAUCACUCGGCGAGUGGGGUCCACUACGGGACGGAUUUCUCCGUGCGCAGCUCACUCCCAACGACCAAGUGCUGUCCGAAGCGGUCAAAGCAGCGCGAUUUGAGAAGGAUCGACGCGCUCUUGCCGCCGCGCGCGCCAAGGAAGGUGCAGCGGCCAAAACGGCGUGGCUUAAGAAGGAUCGACUCGUCCAUGCUGCGACAAGGAAGACGAAGACACGAAAGCAGCGCGGCUCACCAAGAAGCGAAACGACCGCACCGCCACUCUGGUCAAGGAAGAUGAGCCCGCCAAAGAUGCGCGCCAGGAAGGCGAGAGGAAGCGCCAAGGAAGUUCAGCCCGCUAAGGCCGCGCGCAAGGAGAGCGACCGUAAGGGCCAUGCGUCGGCGCGCGCCAACGAGGAUGAAGCGGCAAAGACAGCGCGCCUCAAGAAAGAGCAGUCCGCGCCGCUGCGCUUAAGGGCACGAAUGCCGUACAAGAAGAGGACGAGUGGCUCGGCAAGGCCAUUCUCCUCCUCGCAGGAUUGGUAA